AAGAGCGCCGUUGGAAAGGCUGAAACUCUCGUGUUGAGCUUGGUGGAUGUAAACAAGACAUGUCAUAGCAGCAGCUGGCGAAAAGGCAGGACUGACAUUCCCCACGUUCCCUCAGCAGUCAGCAAUCGCCAGCCAGGACACACAGCAGGAUGGACGAACAGCAACUUCCCAUCGACAUCCACCUCCCUCGUCUUGUGGAGUGGCUCAUUUCUCGGCGCCAUGUACCGCGGGAGUGGCCGGUGGAGGUGGAGGUGGUGCGCAAGAAGAUUAAUGCCGCCAUCCAGGACAUGCCAGAACACCCGGAGGUCACACGUCUCCUCUCCGGCACCUACAUCAACUACUUCCACUGCCUCAAGAUAGUGGACAUCUUGAAGGAGACAGAGAAGGACAGCAAGAACAUCCUGGGCUGGUACGGCUCACAGAGGAUGAAGGAUUGGCAGGAGGUGGUGCGUCUGUACGAGCACAACAACGUCUACCUGGCGGAGGCGGCGCAGCUGCUGGCCCGCUGUGUCAACUAUGAGGUGGCUGGAGUGAGGCGCCUCAUUGCCAAGGGGAUCCAGGUGCAGCAGGAGUGCGACAACAAGGUCAAGGAGUAUGAGAAGGGCAUCGCUGAGGCUCGCAAGAAGUACCUCAAAGUGUGCAAGCAAAUUGGCAUCGCUGGGGAUAAUGUGAAACAAGAGCUGCUGGAGUCACUGAAGACGCUGCCGCAGGAGUUCACCACCGUGGCUAAGGAGUGCCAGGGUCUGGGUGCCGCCUGUCAGCUGUACCAGGAUUUCAUCACCUUCACCCUGCCUGGCCCACACCAGCCAAAGUGCCUGCCUCUGCUAACCUUUAUCAUGGAGCACGGCAACACCACCACCUACGAGUGGCUGUAUGGAGAGGCGCCCUGCAGUGUGGAGGAGCCGCCCCUGGUGAUGGGAGGGCUGGAGGACGACACAGCGAAGGACGGCGAUGAUGGCGGGAUUGACUUUGGCGACGGCGGUGACGGGAUCGACUUUGGUGAUGCAGCGUCAGCGGGUGCGGAAGUGGACACAUCUGGGGGCAUUGACUGGGGUGCCUUGGGGGAGGGAGAGGCACAGGAGAUUGACUGGGGGGUGGGGGAGGUGGAUGAGUCGGCCGUGGUGGAGAUAGAGGUGCAGGAUUCUGGUGUGUCGGGUGGAGUGGCGCGAGGGGAUGACGCGCGCACUCUCCUUCUCAACCCCAAGACUCGUGCACAAUUCAUCGACGAGCUCCAUGAGCUCUCCGGGUUCCUGGGCCAGCGAGCAACAGAACUGGAGACAGAGGGGACAUGUUUUGCCUUGAGUCAGUUCUCCAGCGCCCCAGCCUCCGUCCAGAGCCACACGGCUGACAGUGUGCUGGCCAUGAAUGUGCAGGUGAAGGCUGUGCUGGCUCGCUUCUCCACACCUCGCAUGCAGCACCUCCUCCUCAUCAGCUGCUCCCCCAGGUAUGUGGACCGGCUGGCUGAGUCUGUGCAGGCCAAGCUGGCAGUGGGGGACAAGCUGGCGGCACUGCAGGAAAGUGCCAGACAGAAGAAGGUUGACACAAUGGAGGAACAGAAGCGCCUGGCCCCACAGCUGUCCCUCAUGGCGGCCAGGGCAAGGGAGCUGCAGAAACACAUUGAAGGAGACAUCUCAGGGCGAUACAAGAAGCGGUCUGUUAAUAUUAUGGGGGUGAACCUCUCGACGCAUGUGGCUUGAGGUGUGUGUGUGUGUGUGUGUUUGUGUGUAUGUGUGUGUGUUCUUACCUAAUUUGUGCUGUGAAUGUCAUGUGUGUGUGUGUGUGUGUAUUGAUUGUGUGUUUGUCUUAGUGGAUUCUAAAUUUUACUGUGUUCAUGAUUGCUCUCUUGGAAGGAAGGUAGGAAUAGAUUACAUAGGCUGGAAUAAAAUGUAAUGUGUAGGUAUUUCAAUGUUCACAGUAGUAAGACUCAACAAGUAAGCCUCUAUGUAUUUCCAUCAGUCAUUGAGCACAGGAAGAGAGAGGAGUGUCACUAUAUGAUCCCAGUGUUGUGGUGUCUUGAAUCAAAUCAGGGAGGCCAAGAGGAGGUCCGGACAAUACUGGAUUCCAAGAAAAGGUGAAGGAUUUGCAGCCAGAAAUACCAGUCAGUUCUCCAUGAAAGCACUGUUAUAUAUUGACCACACGUGUAUGGGUCAGGCUGGGGGUGUGAGAGAGAGAGAGAGAGAGAGAAGGGUCAUGCUGUGUGUGUGAGGAACCAAGAGAGAGAAAGUUCGGGCUAAGUGUGAGUGAGUGAGUGAGAGGUGAAGGUUCAGACUGUGUGUGUGUGAAGGAAAGGGAGAGAAAGUGCAGGAAAUUUUUACUUAACAUUUAGUGGUUUUGUUAUGCAUAUCCAGUACAGGUGGGUAAGUAAAUAAAUAUUUUGAUUGUUAA